UUCUCUGUGAGGUGAGAAAAUGAUACAGUACAAUAAUUGUAUUUAUCUUGAUUUCGCAAUAACUAACUCUACCUAGCCUCUGAUCCGAAAUUUAGUUCAUCUCCCUUCCCUUUGAAUAACACAACACACACACACACACACACUCUCUCUCUUACACAUCCAAGGCAAAAAAAAACAGUCUCUCUGUUUCCAUUAAGAGAGAGAGAGAGAGGAUGGGGGAGCCUGCGUUGGCGUUCUUGCUGGAUCUAGUGAAGGAAGUGAUGAAGGAUUACAAGGAUGUGAUAUCCGGAGCAGAAAAUGAGUUCGGGCAGCUGAACAACGAACUCAGGCAACUCAAGGCUUUCCUCAAGGGUGACGUGCAGAGGUACUACAGGGAGGAUAGUCAGUUGAAGGAACUGGAGAGGCAGAUAAGAGAAGUGGUCUACGAGGUCGAAGACACCAUUGAUGCAUGCUUGACUAGAGCCAUCGAAGUCAAAGGUUUCCCCAUGUCCAUGUUCAAGUAUUUUGGCUCAACGCAUUACGGCCUCGCCAAAAAGGUCAAGUCCAUUAGAGAGAAUAAAGUGAAGCCCUUGUUUGACCAAGCCAAGCUCAACUUUGCUGGGAUGCAGAUUGCCGAUGGCGUCCAAGAUCAACGGACUAAAUUAAAGACGGAAAAUCCAAUCAGGCAACACAGAGUAGUAGGUUUCAAUAUGCAGGAGGAGACCAUAACUGGGUAUCUGAUGACAGAAAAACAGAGCCUUGAAGUGAUCCCCAUCAUCGGUACACCUGGACAGGGGAAGACAACGUUGGCGUGGAAGGUUUAUCAGAACGAGAUUGUAUGUAACAAUUUCCCGAACCGCAUAUGGGUUUACAUCAGUCAGAAGUUCAACAGAAGGGAUGUGUAUCUCCAGAUCCUCCAAUCAUUCACCCCCAAUAAAUAUAAUUCGAAAUUGGACAACUUUACGUUAGUAGAAACGGUUAGAUUGUGUCUGGAGAAAGACAAGUUCCUGCUGGUCCUUGAUGAUGUUUGGAGCGUUGACGCAUGGAACGAGAUCAAAGAGAUUUUUCCGCGUAACAACGGGAAGGGAAAAGUCCUCAUCACCAGUCGAGAUCUGAAAGUUGGCGCUCAUUCCGCUACUGUUAAACCACACGAGCUCAAGCCUCUCGACGAGAAUGAGAGCUGGACGCUGCUUCAGCUGGAGGUGUUUGGGAAUGAGGAAGACUGCCCCAACGAUUUGAGGGGCAUGGGGAAAUAUUUAGCCAAAAAGUGUGAUGGAGUGCCACUCACAAUAAUCGUCAUCGGAGGUGUUCUGGUCGACCAACUCGCGUCCUCGAUGUCGUCAAUGGGGGCGAUAAAGAAAUGGGAAACAAUGGCGGAGAACUUGAGCAACGCCUUGGAGAAUGAGCAGCGGAUAAGAGAUGUUGUGGCAUUGAGUUACGAGAGGUUGUCAAAUGACCUAAGAGAUUGUUUUGUUUAUAUAGGUGUAUUUCCUGAAGAUUAUGAGAUUCCGGUUAAGUUGUUGUCGAGGCUAUGGAUCGCGGAAGGAUUCAUACAUCCUAAAGAGGGAAAAAGCUUGGAGCAAAUCGCGGAAGAGAAUGUGGAUGAUCUGAUAUGCAGGAAUUUGUUGAACGUUGACAAAAGGAAUCACAUGGGCGGAGUUAAAACAUGCCGUGUUCAUGAUAUGAUACGUGCAUUCUGCAUAAGCAAAUCCAAAGACCAGAACUUAUUUCAACAGAUCAAACUCAACAAGCAAACAGGUGUACUCGAACCUCCGGUUUCUGAGGUAAAAAACUUACAUCGUCUUUGCUUCCAAUCUGAUCUCUCCAAGUUUCUCUCUGAAAACCCGAAUGGUCCACACGUCCGUUCGUUUUUGUGUUUCUACAAGGAAUCUGUGGAGUUAGAAAAAGAAUAUCUAUCAGUUAUACUCUCGGAACACUUCUUCCCUAAGCUUAGAAUUCUAGAGUCCAAGUCUGUCAAAUUCCACCAAUUUCCGAAAAAAGUUCCCAGGCUCAUUCAUUUAAGGUACCUCACAUUGCAUGUUGACACCCUUGAUUCUCUUCCAAAGCAAAUCUCACAGCUGUGGAACCUACAAGCUCUUGUAGUUGAGACCAAGUUGCGUUUCAUCACAAUGGAUGCAAAUAUUUGGAAGAUGAUUGGGCUCAGACACCUCAACACAAAAGCAGCUAUCAAACUCAAGACUGAUUUUGAAGGUGAAGCAGGGCAAAAUCUUCAAACGCUGGAUAGAUUGUCACCUGAAUCUUGCACGGAAGCAGUCUACAAAAGGGCCAAAAACCUCAAGACCUUGGGGAUAUCUGGGAAUCUAGUCAAGUUCUUUGAAAACAAAAAUUUAAAUGAAUUGCAUCAUCUUGAAAAGUUGAAGUUGGAGAACAAUCUGGAUUUUGAGCCGACAUCUGUAGAUCUGUUGUAUCCUCCUCAGUUGAAUUGUUUCCCGCCACAUCUCAAGAGGCUGACAUUAAAGAAAACCUCACUGGGUUGGCAGCACAUGUCCACCUUGGCAAUGAUAAGAAGCCUGGAGGUCCUCAAAUUGAAAGACAAUGCGUUCGUUGGAUUGUCUUGGAAUGCUUCUUAUCACAAAUUCCCGAAUCUCCAACUCUUGGUCAUCGCAAACACAGAUUUGGUUCUCUGGGAGGCCUCACCUGAUUCUUUUUCCAGUCUGAGAUUUCUUGUGCUUAAGAGAUGUGAAGGGCUCAUUGAAAUUCCAGAGUGUGUGGGAAAGCACCUCAACAAGCUGGAUAUAGAGUGUCUUGGCAAAACAGCUGUCGAGUCUGCUAGGAAAAUUAGCAGAGAAAAGGAUGGGAAACUGCAAGGCAAAGGCAAGUUUGCGGUUCCAUUCGUUUUCAAGCAGUGUCCAGUGUGUGAGAAGCUGAUUAUUUGAUCGAGCUGUUUGGGAAGGUUGGAAUAAAACAACGGAGAGGUCUUAUCUUAUGUAUCGAGCCCUUCUUGCCAGUGUUGUUGUUAGUUGAAGAUGACAAACAUUGGAAUGUUUAUCACAUUGAUUUGCUUAUUUGGAUCUGUCCUGUGUGAUUGAACACUGCUAAUAAUGAUCGUUUAUGUGAUUAUUUUCAUUCAAUUAA